CCGCCAUAAAAAAGAAGAAGAAGAAAGCCGUAUUCCUACCGGAAGUACGGUUACACCUGGCGAUACCUGUGGAUGUGUCCAUCUCUUGGUUCGUAUCUAGUGGACCAUAUUCGCGUUUGGGUCCCGACAAGAAGACUGCAUGAUUGCCCGAAAACGAGGCCCGCUCGAAAAAAAUGCGACAGAAGAAGUUGAGAUACCGAAGAAGCUCCGGAGCAGUCACGUAGCGGCUCUGAUCCUGGCUAGAGGGGGGAGCAAAGGGAUCCCUCUGAAGAACAUCAAGCUGCUAGCCGGGGUUCCGCUCAUCGGCUGGGUGCUGAGAGCCGCAAUCGACUCAGAAGAGUUCGACAGUGUUUGGGUGUCAACAGACCACGAGGAGAUUGAAAAAGUUGCAAAAUCCUGGGGGGCCAAAGUCCACCGGAGGAGCGAAAAAGUCUCCAGGGACAACUCCACUUCCUUGGAGACAAUCCAGGAGUUUCUAGAGGAACACCCAGAGGUGACAGUGGUCUGUAACAUCCAGGCUACGUCUCCGUGUCUCCAUCCAUCUCACAUAAAAAAUGCCCUGAAGAAGAUCACAGAGGACGGAUACGACUCCGUCUUCUCCGUGGUCCGGAGAUACCAGUUCCGCUGGAAGGAGGUCGAGAAAGGAAGUGAUGAAUGCACUGAGCCGGAGAAUCUGAACCCAGCGAAGCGUCCAAGGCGUCAGGACUGGAAUGGAGAACUGAUUGAGAACGGUUCAUUUUACUUUGCCACCAGAGACCUCAUCAUGAAGGAAGGACGGCUGCAGGGCGGUCGGGUCGCCUACUUUGAGAUGGAGCCGCAGCACAGCGUGGACAUCGACGUAGACAUCGACUGGCCUGUGGCAGAGCAGAGAGUACUCAGAUACGGUUACUUUGGCCAGGGAGUGUCUCUGAUGUUCUGUGAAGUUUCUGGAUGUUUGACCGACGGAAGGGUCCACUUGUCUGGGGCCCUGGACGAGCCUGACGCAGCCUCUGCUAAGGGCUCCGUCCACAGCAGAGACACAGAAGGACUCAGUGUCUCCAUCCACAGCAGAGACAUAGCAGGACUCAGGAAGCUGCAGAAAGACGAUGUGGAGGUGGUGCUGGUGAUCUCCAAGGAAGAUGUUGUGCUCCGACAGAUGCGUUAUAAACUGAAGAUCAUGACGGGCUGUGAAGUGAUGGUAGUCGGAGAGGAUCCACUGAAAGAUGUGCAGUCGAUGGUGAAGAAGAAGAAGCUGGACUGGAAGGAUGUGGCUUACAUGGGCUGCGAAGCAGCAUCCGCCAGCUGUCUGCAGCUGGCAGGUCUGAGCGCGGCGCCAACGGACGCCCAGCCCGACGCCAUCGGAGCCGGCAAGUUUGCCUGCAAACAAGGCGGCGGCGCGGGCGCUGUGCGGGAGUUCGCCGAACACGUCCUGCUCCAGAAGCAGCAGGCCAGACUCCAGAUGAAGCAGGACCUGAUCGACCGCAACUGCUUCUGAUGUCAGAACCUGGAUUAAGAUGCGACACGUUUUGUGUGAAGCACUUGGGAAAGUCAUUAAAAACCAUUGUUUUCUUGUUUCUGCACGUCUUUGUUCAGUUUACUCGUUUGAUUGUUGUUCUAAAUCUGGGGGCUGGUUGUCAUAAAACAUUCAGAGGCAAUCACCUCACCCCUCACAGACCGUACACAGCUGUGUGUACAAUAUCUUUUGACACAAAAGAUUUUUUUUCUCCACAAUUUUGCUAAUAGUAAAGAGGGUUAGAUACUAAAUCAAUAACUAUUCUUUAAUUUUUUUUAUUUAAAGGAAAAUUUCAAGGUACUCAGUGCGUCCAGCUGUUCAGCUGCAGCUGCAACAAUCCAGACUCUCAGCCACUUGUGUGAAAUUUAGAAUCACACAGAAAAUCUCCUAAAGGGAAUCAAACUUAAAACUCUGAACUAAGAACUUCUGAUUACAUAAUAGCAAUUAACCAUAUCUGCCAUGGUAAAUUAUUACUGAUAACUAUUGUCAGGAGUCCCUGACAUUAAUAUGAUCAGAAAGACACUUGAAUAAAUCCUUUUGCUGGUUUUCACAGGAACAUAUUAGAUCUGAAGUUCUUCCACUAUUUCAUAACAUUUCAUUGUGUUUGUUGUACAUUCGGCUAAUAAACUCUUGCAGAUAGCACUGAU